AUGUUUAAGCUCUCUCUCCUGAGCCGGGGACACGGGAAGUUGGUCCAGAACAAACAGAAGUUGGAGGUCUAUUUUGAACCAGAGGAUUACUUGAACUGGAAGUCCCCAGAAGACUAUGUCCUGGUCAGCAAACCUCAGAAUGAGGAGGAUGCCAACCAGCAUUCUUGGAACCUCUUUCUUCCUAAGACUUUUAGCACACGAAAGGGUGCCCUGAUCCUCUACUCAGAAGGGCUAGCCAUCUCAGCAUGGACCCCCAAAGAGAGGAGAAAGGGCUCCUGCUGCCCUAAAGGUCACAAGAAGGGGCUGGAUCUUGAACUUCGUACCCUUCAAGAUCUGAAAGAAGCUGUCCUGGCAUAUGGAAGGAAGCAGAGGGAGCAGGACAGAGCCUGGCAACCGUACCUGUACUUCCGAAGUCAGCCAGACAGCCAGGCCCAAAGAAAGAUCCAACCUGGGUAUUCAGCUAAGAGAUACCUCCGAGGCCUCUUGCGGACUUGGCCCCCUGACACCAUGUACAGGUUCCAAUGUGCAGGACACAUCAAGGAUUCUGUGCUGCUUCAGGAAAGUCAACUUAAUGUGCCAAAGAGUCUCAGGCCACAACAGGAUCUUUCAGGUGUGCCCCCAAAAUACCAUCUCCUGCCUGUCUUCCCUCCAUUUUGGAUUCAACAAGAAAAAUCUUUUGAACAAGGUCAAUGGGGCCUGGAUGAAGAGGAAGCUGGGGCUGGUGGACACAUGAACCAGGACUCUGUAGCCAAGAACCGUAGUAGUCGAGAGACUCACUUGCUGCCACAUAGGAAGCAGCCCUGGCAGGAAGAGAAAACCCCAGCAGAGGACACAUCAGUGGAGGAUCAUCUUCAUAUACAUGCUUCAGAGGAAAGCCACAAUGAAAAGACACAGCAAACCUCCAAGAAGGCCCUUGGGCAUGCCUACAUCAGUCAUUCCUGGCUCCUGAGUGACAAAUCCCACAUGACAUUUUAUGGAGGUGCCUUCCCCAAUAGGAAGGCUGAUCUCAGUGACAAACAAGGAAAUAUGAAAUGGCACAGGGCCAGAGGCAGCCACUUGCCACAGGAGCUUCCUGCUGCAAGGUGCCUUCUCCCUCCAAUAACAUCUGCCAUUGGCUCAGAACAAAACACCCCUGGGGAAGCAAAGAAAAAAAAGGCGCCAAAGGCUUUGAAAUUACCUCCCAUUUCAGAAGAACCACCCAGAGUCCCCAACCCCCUGAGGAGGCAAUUUAAAGCUAAUGAACCCCCAACAGAGCUCUUCAUCAUCCCAAUGGAGAUUCAUUUCCACACCAAACACCCCCCAAAAGAAAAAGCCUGCAGAAGAGGUGCUCCAUGCCCUGAGUCAGAACCAGAAACAGAAGAGGCCAGGCCUUUAUGGAGGCCUCCCCUGAAGCAUGCGUCAUUACAAAGGCCAAUGGCCAUAACUGUGCAUCUUCCAGUGGACACAGGCAGGGACACGCCCUCUCCAUCAGUUGACAGUGUUCUGUCCCUGAAUGUGAAACCACCACUGGACCUCCCACCCCUGAUUAGAGAAAGGAAACGGCGGGAGAGCCAGGAGGACCGGGACAGCCUCCACACAUCAAGCCGCAGCAGCCCCACAGGCACCCCAAAUGUGAGGACACUGGCAACAGGACAAGAAGAUUCCAGAGAUCCUACACUGGGGCGCUUCUUGCUGGGUCCAGAUGGAGAAAACAUCUGCCCUUCCCUCCCAGAGCCCACCGGAACCAAGGCUACUCCCACACUGAAAGCCUAUGAAUCUGCCUAUUCAAACAUCAGCCAUGAAGAGGAAGGAUCCAGUAUCCAGCAAGUCCUGCAAACAAACACUGAAUCUGGAACCAAUCUUCGCAUGAAUCUUUAUGAAAUUUCACCUUUGACCCAAACAACAGAGAAGCAGGGAGCCCCGCAGUCCUUGGAGGCAGCAGCUCAGAAGACGGGAGAACCUCAAAGUUGUAUAAAUAAAGGGCUGAUUUGUUCAAACGGAAAAGAAUUUUACACACGCAAGCUGCACAUCGACAUGACGCCGUUCCUGAAGGAAAGUGGAGAUGAACUGGACUCUCGUGAGGAACCAGGAGGAUCCCUCAGAGAAAAUGAUGAAGACAGCCAAGACCCAGAGCGAAGGAGUGUGACUGACCCCCGCAGUGCUUCCCUGGCUGAACAUAUCCAGACCCCUGAGGCAGAUUCUAUGAAAAACAUAGGCAGCAAUUAUGAGGCACAGCACCUGUACAGAGGACUUCCAGGAAGUAGGCCUGAGUCUCCAGAGAAGACCRGUGCUGUGGAUAUAUCUCUUCUAAGAGAAAGAGAAGGGAAGAUUGGACCAAGAUUAUUCAACCAGGAGGCACCAGCCAGCAUCAGCAAUGAGAGGGAGUUGAUCGACAAGUCCAAGAGAAAGAAAAGAAUCAAGACAGAUAAAACCAAAGCACCCAAGAAGGGGAAUGAAGGAAUUGUCCCUGGAGAAGCAAAGGCUAUUUUAGGCAAGUCAAAGGACUCAAUGUCUGAAAAGAAAUCAGAGCUAAUUCCCAAAGAAAAAAAAGCAGGAGCCAAAAGGAAAAGGCCACAGAAGGAAAGGAAUGUGGAGAUGGCAGCAGAGCUGAGUGGGCCUGAUGACAUGCCAGAUAGAGGUUUCUUCCCUUCACACUCCGAUGUGGAGGAUCCUUGGCUUUCUCCCAGACAUAAUGCUCAGGAGAGCCAAGUUUCUAUAGAUGGAAGAUCAUCACAAACCCAGACCAUGGCUGUCACUGGAAAUGUGGAAUCAAAAGAAGAGAGAAGCUGUGAAGACCCUUCAGAGGCCCUCACUAAGAGGGAGCAGCAGAAGGCUUCCCAGGACAGGCURCGAGCAGAGAGGGCUGAGAUGAGGCGAUUGGAGGUGGAGAGGAAGAGAAGGGAGCAGGAACAGCAGAGCCGGCUCCAGCAGGAGGAGCUGGAGAGAGCAGAGAAGAUGAAGGAGGAGCUGGAGCUGGAACUGCAGAGCCGCAGAGAGGAGAACCGCUUGAGGCGGCAGAGACUGGAAGAAGAACGGCAGCGGCAGGAAGAGGUGGAGAGAAAGCAGCGGCUCCAGUUGCAAGCAGCACAGGAGAGAGCCAGGCAGCAGCAAGAGGAAUUCCGGAGGAAACUGCAAGAACUACAGAGAAAAAAGCAGCAAGAGGAAGCUGAGAGAGCUGAGGCAGAGAAGCAAAGGCAGAAGGAACUGGAAAUGCAGUUAGCAGAAGAACAAAAACGCCUGAGGGAAAUGGCUGAAGAGGAACGACUGGAGUACCAGAGGCAGAAACAGGAAGCAGAAGAGAAGGCUCGGGCAGAGGCUGAGGAGAGAAGGCAGAAGGAAGAGGAAGCAGCUAAGCUGGCUUUGGAGGAAGCCAUGAAACAAGAUCAGGAACAAGCCAGGCAAAAAGCUGCUUUGGAAAAACAUCUUCAUUUCCAUCGAGAACUCCAGAAGGAAGCCAGAGGCCUGCUGUGGACACAGAACAUUUCCAGACCAUGGGUUUACUCUUAUUUCCAGUUCCUAGAAAUACCCAGGCCAUAAGGAUAAAAGAAAGCUUUAAAAAAGUAAGUUGAGACGCAGUGAUGGAAAAAAGAGAAACUUCCUUUCAUAAUAAAGUUCCGCCCU